AUUGUAGAUGAGUUGAAGUUGAAAAUGAACUUUAGUUGUUAGGCUGGGCAGAGAGAAAGAAAGUAAUGAGUGCAGUGGCUAACUAGGCAAGUGUCACAGGGUAUGACGUCUUUGGGGGGUUGGGGGUCCGGCUUCGGUCUUCUUCUCCUCUUGUCGGGUGGUGCAGUCGGUUCUUUUUUUGUUUUGUUUUGUUUUUUUGUUUUACUUAUAAAUUAUAAGGUGUUUUUGCUUGUGCGAUCAGAUGAUUGGGUACUUUAUUUUAUUGUAGAGGUUUGGUAGAUGUUGCUGGAGUGGCCUGGUGUAAAUCGAACACGUCAUGAUGGGGCUGUUAUCUACUUCAUGUUGAC